ACGUUACUCUAUGGACGAAUACAUCAACCCAAAUCCCGAUGUAAAGCUGCUGCUAGAACAGCUUGGACUUAGCCAUCUUCCCUCAAGAGAAAGAGUAUUUCAGGAGAUUGAAGAAAAGUUGUUACUACCGCGCGUGAAACUUGCCCCUCAUUCGCUGGCCAAAUACCAAAUACACUGGGAGCGUGCCGUCUCUAUCCCUUCACUUCUACCAUUAACUCCUUCGCCUGCCCCAACAACUCUUUCUUUUGUUCGUAGUGGGCUCGAAGGACGUGUUACUGGCUAUGCUGAGACACCACAGGCGAAUAUCUCAAAUGGCCUUACCUCGACAUCUCUAGAUCGUGCGCCAGGACCAAGCAAAAACUUCGUUCGGGGAAAAUCUGGUUAUGUUCCUUUUUGGCCAGGUGGAUUAGAUGUCCUAUCCGAUCCCGCCAUCUCCUUGGAGCUGGAGGACGGCCAGAAAGGACUACGGAAAAUCCCACCAGGCUUUACCAGAGGUUUGCGUCUUCCGGGUGAUGAUCCCGACGACGAUCUCCUUGCUCUAGACGGCUUACACGGAACCAGUUUACAGAGUGAUGGGCAGAACGAGAUGCUUCUCUCUAUAGAUACUCUUGACGAGGAACCUCAGCUUACGCUUCCAGCUCUUGAAACCACCGAAAUAGACGAUCUACUUCCAACAUCACGGUCAAAUCUGAAUCUGACCAAGUCAUUGAGACCUUCAAAACGUUCGAAGGUUCAAAAACGCGAUUGGGCCCAUGUAAUCGAUGUCCGAACACCUUUUUCGAACUUUCAUGAGCUUGUACCUGACAUGGCUCACAAAUAUCCCUUUGAGCUCGAUGUGUUCCAGAAACAUGCUGUUUAUCAUUUGGAGAUGGGAAAUUCUGUGUUUGUGGCUGCCCAUACCUCCGCCGGAAAGACGGUUGUCGCUGAGUAUGCAAUUGCACUCGCAGAAAAACAUAUGACUCGAGCAAUCUACACGUCUCCCAUUAAAGCCCUCUCAAACCAAAAAUUCCGCGAUUUCAAGCAGACCUUCUCUUCGGCUUCAGUUGGAAUCUUAACUGGAGAUGUUCAAAUUAACCCGGAAGCCAGCUGCUUGAUCAUGACUACGGAAAUUCUCCGAAGCAUGUUGUACAAAGGCGCUGAUUUGAUUAGGGACGUGGAAUUCGUGAUCUUUGACGAAGUUCAUUAUGUUAACGACGCUGAGAGAGGUGUGGUUUGGGAAGAAGUAAUCAUCAUGCUACCUGACCACGUCAAUAUCAUCCUAUUAUCAGCGACUGUCCCAAAUACUAAAGAAUUUGCCGAAUGGGUCGGGCGAACUAAGAAGAAAAAUAUCUAUGUCAUAUCGACCGCACAACGCCCAGUUCCCUUAGAACACUAUCUCUAUGCCGGUCGUGAAAUAUACAAGAUAGUAGAUGCACAAAGAAAGUUUCUCGGAAGCGGGUACAAGGAUGCAGGAGAAGCUUUGCGGCGGAAACAAGACAAGGAACGGGAAGCCGCCGGCCUGCCUGCGGUUCAGCGUGUGGGAGCGAGAGGGACCGCACCUAUGAGAGGCCAACAACGCGGUAGUCGGGUUCCUGCACCACCUGUCCGUGGAAGAGGUGGCUCUGGACCGUCCUCUACUCGCACAAUCCACACCGGGAUCGAUAAAAAUCUCUACGUGCAUUUGUUGACACUAUUGAAGAAGAAAAGUCUCUUACCAGUAGUGGUUUUCACGUUCUCUAAAAAACGAUGUGAGGAAAAUGCGUCAACACUGACGAAUCAGGAUUUAUGCACGUCCGUCGAGAAGAGCGAAGUGCAUGUAGCGAUUGAAAAGGCGCUUUCUCGCCUAAAAGGAAGUGAUAAAAAACUACCGCAAUUGGCACGAAUGCGCGACUUACUUAGUCGGGGAAUCGGCGUACAUCAUGGAGGCCUAUUGCCUAUUAUUAAAGAGUUGGUCGAAAUAUUGUUCGCUCGCGGUCUUGUCAAAAUUUUAUUUGCUACAGAGACGUUUGCCAUGGGCGUUAACAUGCCGGCACGAUGUGUCGUGUUUUCUGGCAUACGGAAGCACGAUGGGCGGAGUUUCCGAGAUAUCCUUCCAGGCGAAUACACUCAAAUGGCGGGCCGUGCUGGACGGCGAGGGCUUGAUUCGACUGGCACAGUGAUUAUCGUUGCCAAUGAUAAUAUACCGGAGCAAACGACACUAAAUACCAUGAUCCUAGGAACUCCAGGGAAACUGUCAUCGCAAUUCAGACUCACUUACAAUAUGAUCCUUAAUCUGUUGCGAGUUGAGGCGCUCAAAGUGGAGGAGAUGAUAAAGCGCAGUUUUUCUGAAAACGCAUCCCAACAACUUCUACCUGAUCAACAAAAGAAGGUCUUUGAGGGGGAAAAAGCCCUACUUACGCUGCCAAAAUUGCAUUGUGAUCUUUGCACUCCUGAUAUUGAAGACUAUUAUGACAACUCAGCACAGAUUUUAUAUCUCAAUCAGAGGCUCCUUAGCUUGGCUACCCGACAUUCCCGGGGAAAUAAAUAUCUUGAUGCUGGUCGGGUGGUUAUUUUGCGUGAUGGACAUUUUCAACAUAACAAUAUCGCUGUUCUGUUGAAAUUGGCUCCCGCCCAAGUUACAGAACUCAAUACUAAAGAGAAGCUCAAAACGUAUUUUAUAUUAGCAUUGGUUGACGAAGACCUGAAAAAGGGCAAGCGAGACGUUGACAAUGUAGCAAUGACACCUCGAUGGCCGCCCACGCCUCAUUCUCUCACAGUUGGAAACCCGACCUACCAACUAACGACAGUCCCUUUGUCAAGCAUCUCGCUGGUCACCGACCGAACUAUCAAAGUUGAUGUAGGGGCGAUUGCAGACCGACAUCUCAUUUCUCGUAUGCGCGAGGUGAUAUCCGUUUUAAAAGGCAUUGCCGAGGAAUGGUGUAAUAUUGGUACCAUUCCCGAAAUCGAUUGGAAUCGAAUGCGCAUGAUGGAGUUUCAAGAGGUUUUACAAUUUCGCAACAGCCUGCUGACACAGCAGGAAAACAAGGGUUGUCUGCUCUGCAACGAUUUUGAAGACCAUUAUUCCAUCAUACAUACCGAAAAAGGUUUGCGCGCAAGGAUAAACAUGCUUAAAGAGGCCAUAUCCGAUCAAAAUCUUGAGCUUAUUCCAGACUAUGAGCAGCGAGUUGGGGUUCUCCAAGAAUUAAAGUUUAUCGAUGAGAAUUCAACUGUUCUUUUGAAGGGUCGCGUUGCCUGCGAGAUUAACAGCGCCAACGAACUUGUAUUAACAGAACUCAUACUUGAAAACACACUCGCGGGUUACGAACCGGAAGAAGUCGUCGCUUUACUUUCGUGUUUUGUGUUCCAGGAAAAGACCGACGUAGAACCUGUCAUACCACCUAGAUUGGAACAGGGCAGAGAUGCUAUCUUGGCUAUAAGCGAUCGCGUUGGGCGCAUUCAAGACUCGUUCAAAGUAGCUUCAGAGGAUUUCCAAACAAAACUCAAGUUUGGCCUGAUAGAAGUUGUCUAUGAAUGGGCCAAAGGCAUGCCAUUCGAGCAAAUCACAGCACUCACAGAUGUCGCAGAAGGAACUAUUGUCAGAGUGAUCACUCGGUUGGAUGAAACAUGCAGAGAGGUGAGAGAUGCAGCACGAGUUAUCGGAGAUGCCGAUCUAUUCAAGAAAAUGGAGGAGUCGCAGAUCAAGAUAAAACGAGAUAUCGUUUUCGCUGCAAGUCUGUACUUCUAGUGAUGGCAUCACGGAGUCAAAGCGGGAUAUAUCUUGCCUAAACCACCUGUGCAAGGGUGCGAUUUAUCCUUCCACUUCUGGAUUUUUUAGGCGGUAAGCCUGUGUUAUGGGGAGAUACCUUAGCCUCUAUCUCUAUCUCUACCUUUACCUCUAUCUCUAUCUCUACCUCUAUACACAGCACUCCACUUUCCACAUACUUCGGGCGAGAGCCACUCCACCGGGACCGUGCAGAGCAUGAAUAAUUAGUUGAAAGUA